AUGUUUUUAAAAUCUGAGUUAUCGUGGGAUGUGAUAAUCCAUGCUGAGAAACUUGAUGUUGAAGGCGUAAUGCUUCAGAAGGCAAUUCUUAUUCGCCUCAUGGAUGACUUUGCUGCAGAGAAGGCCUCAAAAGAUCUUGGUUACUUUAUGGCUGUUACUACAUUGGACAAGAUUGGGGAAGGGAAAGUUCAAAAACACACUGGUGAUGUGCUUUUCCCUGUGGAGUUCAGCUGUAUUACCUUCAAGAUAUUCCGUGGAGAGAUAUUGGAAGGGGUUGUUUACGAGAUCAAGAAGCACGCUGUCUUUAUGAGAUGUGGCCCCGUCGACAAGGUAUACCUCUCACAUAAGAAGAUGGCGGAUUAUAAGUAUGUGCCUGGAGAAAAUCCUAUCUUUAUGAAUGAAAAGAUGUCAAGAAUUGAGAAGGACACUGUGGUGCGUUUCAUUGUGUUAGGAACAAAGUAUAUGAAGGCGGAGAAAAAAUUCCAAGCAGUUGGGAGCUUGGAGAGUGAUUACCUCGGACCCAUCUCACAAAAUGCUGUUUAGAUUUCGAUUAAAUUUUUUACCAUCAUUGGCUCAUUUCAGACAUG